AUGGAUGUCGAGGAACAAAUUACAGUUAAUCUAACAAUUUUACACCGAGUGCUGGCAACUGUCUUCACAGAUGGAAAGGAAACAUGGAGAAAACUAUUCACAGUUGGAAGUGUCCGAGAACUGAUAGCCUCAGCUAAAACUGAGCUAUCUCAACGAGUAUCUCUUGAUCGAAUACUGAGAUUUGACACAGAUUUUCAAGAAUUCAUUGACACUGAUGUGAAUGCAGGAGUGCGGGAGCUUGACAAGUUUCAAAUAUAUUAUAUUGCAAGCAACAACCAGGACUCAUUAGAAGGAAGUGUUCAACCAUUACAGUGUCAUCCAACAGAUGCAACUCGGACUGGCACCACACCUAGCUUGCGGACACUGCUUGAAGAAAAAGCCCCUACAAUCCUGAGAGAACAUGAAGAGACAAAGAUGCUGUCUAUUUCCUCAAGAAAGUUUCUUGUUAAAGCUGCUGUCAGUGACCUCGUAGAGAAACAUGGAUUCUAUCCAUCUGGUACAGAAAAGCUGGCACUAGCAAAGGAGAUUGUGUCAUUGUUCCCCUCGUUAAGGAUUCAAGUGCCCUUUGGUGAAAAUGAGGGACACGUAAGGAUGUUUUUACGUUAUAAAAUGAAUUACUUAGCAAUGUGUAUAACCUGCUCAAGUAUACUUGACUCCAGCUUAGUUCUAUUUCUGCAUCACUCGUGUCAGGAAAUUUUUUUUGAUGGACCAUCACACAGUGGAUUUAUAGAAAUGAGACUACGGAACAUCAGACUGAACCUUCAGCAGAGCCAGCGGAUGUAGAGUUUGAAACGUCAUCAUUGUACACAGCAACCUUCUUUGUCAAGUCCAGAUGAAACUGUGCCAAGUGAGUGGUUGACCCUGAUAAAGAGGAUGUGACCGUCACCAGAGAAUUCAUCAUCAAUAAAGACUGAAGUUGACCAAACCUUCAGUUACCGAAGGAGAUGGAUAACGACAAAAUCCCCAACUGUUGCUGAAAUUUUCAAGGAAUAUCCCAGAUUUCUUGACAUGCCAGCCUUGGUAAUAGACACGCUCAACUAAGAGAGAACUUUACACAUACUUGUAUUUCAUAAUUGUAAUAUAAAUAUUGCUUUGUUUCUGUUUUUUU